ACACACACACACACACACACACACACACAGAGUAGUCACCCCGGCGAAAGAGAAACCGCACUGCUUAGUUGAAAGACUAAGCGCAGCAUCGCAUUUGCUUGGUAACAAAUACUUCGCCUAGUUUGGUUUUGUGAAGCCCGUGGUGGAAGUACACCAGAGAUCCCUCGGACGCACUGAACACCUUUUCCAGAAUGAGGUUCAGAGUAAAAAACAGUGAACAGCAGCAUGGUCGAACCCGGACCCAAACUUCAGUUCCAGCUCGCCAUGCUGAUUUUUAACCAGAGAAAGAGGAAGAAACGCUUAGUUUGAAACUCGCAGAGAGAGAGAGAGAGAGAGAGAGAGAGAGAGAGAGAGAAAGAGAGGCUUCUGGAAAGCGGACGAUGGCUUUCGGUCCUCACCAGCUGCAGCUGCUGGAGAGGAGGCCAGAGCUGGUCUCGGACUGGAGCAGUGAGAUUGAGACCAUCCUGGAUGCUUUGCUGGGAAAGUGCAUCAUUACAGAGGAGGAUCUGAGCCGAAUUAAAGGCGACAAUUUGGGGAAAAGGGACAAAAUGAGAAAUCUGUUGGAUGUGCUGCAUGGAAGGGGGGAGGAUGCCUGUAGCGGCUUCAUUGUGGAACUGAAAUUCUUAGCCAGUGUGAAACCUGAGCCUUCCAACGCCAAUGGCAGCUGCUUCAGCAAAACCAAUCCAUGCACCAUGCAAAGCAAUGCAGAGCUCAGGAGUGGGGACACCCAACUGGAUAAGCCAGACGAGAUAAACAUAGGUACUGCAGUGCUGGAUUCGAUGCAGGAGACCCAGCUGAGCCCUCUGAAAAAGCACCAGGAGAUUCUCGCGAAUCACUACGGGAAGGUCGUGGAUUGUAUAAGCAUGAGCCAGCAAGGUGAAGACAUAGAGAAGAGGUACACGGACAUCACUGUCACGAGAAAGGAGAGCUACACGGAGCAGAAGCAGCACGAGGUGACGGAGGUGGGGAACGCCUUCAAAAAACUGGAGUGGGAGUCUUCGGGGAACCUGUGCGAGUUCAGGACGAUCUUCCGGAAUUUGCUGCAGCUGGACGAAGGCGUCACUCUGCUCUGUGGUGUGGCUGGCAGCGGGAAGACAACCGCCACCAAAAAGCUCAUCCAGGAAUGGACUAAAGAUCCUCAGCCUGCUAAGAUUGUCUUUGUCUUUACUUUCCGAGAGCUGAAUCUGAUCACUGACCCCAAAAGCCUGAAGGAGCUGUUCUCCUCUCACUACAGCCACCUGAAGCCAGUUCUGAGUCAGAUCUUGAGCGAUCCCUCCCGAAUCCUCUUGAUCCUGGACGGGUUGGAUGAGUUCCGAUUCCCCUUGCUUUUCGAGAAGACCCCGAAAUGCACAGAUCCGGAUAUUCCCCAAAGGGUCAGCGAGGUGGUGGUGAACCUGCUCAACCGAAACCUGUUGCCUGGGUUGUCCAUCCUCAUCACUUCCAGGCCUCACGCCGUCUGCAAAAUCCCACAGAAGCAUGUCAGUAAUUUCUUCAAGAUCUUGGGUUUCUCCGAGUCUCAGCAGAAGGAAUACUUCCGCAAGAGUAGUCCGACUCCAGAGAUGGCCGAGGAAAUUUGGGGUUACAUCUUGGCCCACCGACCUCUCUUCCUGAUGUGCCACAUUCCGGCUUUCUGCUGGAUCACCGUGACAGCCCUGCGGGAGAAGGUGGCCUUCAAGGAAACGGGAGAAAACCUGGCCACCGUCACCGAGAUCUACUGCAGGUUCCUCAAAGCCAUACUGGUGUUUCACGGAGACCAAAAGGCCGGCUCGCACAUCCAGAGCCUGCUGGCGGCCCCCGAAUCCUUGAGCACCUUGAGGAGGCAUCUCAAGGACUUGGGUGCCCUGGCUUUCAAAGGGUUAAUAGAGAAGAGGUUUAUAUUCGACCAGGUAGACCUGAGCAGCUUCGCGGUGGACCAGGGUGGCUUGUCCUGCAUGUUUCUGGUGGAGAUUUUGAAGGAGGACCAGGACCGCUUCACCUACGAGAGGAGCUAUCACUUCGUCCACACCAGCCUGCAGGAGUUCUUCGCAGCUCUUUAUUAUGUGCUGGAGUCCCACAGCGGCAGGGAUCCCUUCUCCUGCCUCAAACCCGCUCCCCUCCCAGACCCCUGGGGUCUCGUGGCCAAGGCUCGCAGGCUCCUGGGAGUGAGGAAGGUCCUCAGGAAGAGAGUGAAGGAGGUCUUCUGCUGGAGCCACCAGCUGCAAUCUGGACACCUUGACCUCUUCUGCAGCAGGUUUCUGUCAGGUCUGCUGGUGCCCAGAACCUGCAGGAUCCUGGAGGGGAUCUUCUCCCCCCGGCAGGUGGAAGCCACGCUCUGCCUCCAGUUCCUCUUCAAGCUGCUGCAGAAGCAGCUGAGCAGCGCGACCCUCUCCCCGGAGCGGCUGGUCAACGUGUGUCACUGCCUGUACGAGGCCCAGGACCCCACUAUCAGGGACAGGGUGGGCCGGCUGCUGGAGCGGGCCUCCCAUGGAGGGGAGGAGCGCCGCCCCGGGGACUGGACAGAGAUGGCCUUCCUCCUGCAGCUCACCAGCGCCCUGGAGGAGCUGGACCUGGAGAACAGAGGGCUGGGGCCGGAAGGGGUCCGUCGGCUGCAACCGGUGCUGCCCUUCUUCAAAACACUCAGGUUUGGACUGAAUCCCCUGGGAACUGAAGGAGCUGCCCUGCUCGCUGAGGUGCUAAAGAGUCCUGACUGCAAGAUCGAGAGACUGUGGGUGGUGGAGACAGGCCUGGGAUCGGAGGGGGUGGCGAUGCUGUGUGAGGGACUGGAGAAGAACAGCAGCGUGGUGGAUUUGAGGAUGGCCAUCAAUAACAUCGGUGACGAGGGAGCUGGCUCUCUCGCUGAAGUGCUGAAGAGGAACAAGACUUUAAAAGACAUCAGGUUACGUGACAACAUGAUCACAGACCGAGGGGCGGAGCUUUUAAUGCAGGCACUGCGUGGGAACAGCACACUGGAGGACCUCUGGCUCUACGACAACAAAAUUUCAAAAAACGGAGUCCGGGAGCUAAAGGAGUUUGCAAAGGCUCGGCAAGGACUGGACAUCAAGAUCUGCACUUGACUUAAAGACCUCACUGGAACCUGGGCUUAAGCCCUGCCCCCUGACAACACUGGAACCUGGACUCAAGCCCUGCCCCCUGACAACACUGGAACCUGGACUCAAGCCCCACCCCCUAACACUGAAACCUGGGCUCAAGCCCCACCCCCUAACACUGGAACCUGGACUCAAACCCCGCCCCUAACACUGAAACCUGGGCUCAAGCCCCGCCCCCUAACACUGAAACCUGGGCUCAAGCCCCGCCCCCUAACACUGAAACCUGGGCUCAAGCCCCGCCCCCUAACACUGAAACCUGGGCUCAAGCUCCACCCCCUGGCAUCUCACUAUCUGCUGCCCACUCUCAGUGUGCACCGCAGACAAGUGACCAGGGCUCCCUUGUAAAAGUUUCCCAGGUAAUUUUGCUUUUCCCCAUGGUUAUACUACGCAUGUGCCGUAGUUAUCAUGGUAUGUUUUAAUAUGCUUUACAAUACCUCUCUGCACUUCACAAUCCACUUUUUGUGGAUCUUUGUUUUAUUGAAAUGGCAUGCCUUGUGUUUUGUCGUUGUGAAAAGUAAGGGACUCGGUCCACUGCUUCAGCCGAACACAGUGCAGCUUCCCUGCAGAGCUGUGCCACUGCAGAGUGCGACGGAGCAGAGUGGCAACGUGCCAGAUUGUGAUCAGGGUUAAAGCACCCCUUGUGCCACCUGCUUACACCCUGCUUUGCACUGUGAGAUCUGUUUAAAUGGUUCAUUUUAAUGUUAUUAACUUGUAGAUAAAAUUGCUGCUUCUUUCUGUAAACCGUUCCAUUAUAUUUUCUGCUCUUUUUUGUAAAGUGUUAUUGCAUGUACUGUAGCAGGCAUUGUGCCUUGUGUUACCAAACGCCAGAAAACACUAUAUUUAUUAAUAUGGCUUGGCGAUAUGAAAUUGAUUUUCAUAAUCGAAUAAACAUGUUUACAGCGAGAA